AAUUUGUCUACUUCUCCCAAUAAUCUUUUAGAUUUUUUUUCUCCUUUAACUCAAGAAAAAAAAAGACUACCUUUUUCUCCUCCUUUGUCUUAUAAAACCUAUCUAAAGCCUUUUCAUUUCUCUGGCCGGUGGAUAUUCUUUUGAAUGAGUUCAGGCAAAUCCUAUAUUCAUUAUCAUUAUUCCUUCUCCUUUUUUUUUCCGAUCGGGAAAUUGAGAACACAGUUCAUAAAACUGUCUGAAUAAUUGAGAACCCAACUCAAAAGAUUCAAUUUUUAUUUCAUUCUUAGCCUAAAAAGAAAAAGAUUCGGUUUUUACAUUUUUUCCAAUUUUUUAAUUCCCACAUAUAAUUGAAGAAAGAGGAAGAGAGAGAGAGAUAACACAAAGUGGAAGAAGAACGAUGAGAGCCGGUUUAAGUACGAUCCAACAGACUCUGACGCCGGAGGCUGCCACCGUUUUAAACCAAUCAAUCUCAGAGGCGGCGCGUCGUAAUCACGGCCAAACCACGCCGCUCCAUGUCGCAGCCACUCUUCUUGCUUCCCCGGCGGGGUUUCUCCGACGAGCCUGCAUCCGAUCCCACCCCAAUUCUUCCCAUCCGCUUCAGUGCCGAGCCCUCGAGCUCUGCUUCAGCGUCGCACUCGAGCGUCUCCCCACCGCGACGGCGACUCCGGCGAACGAUCCGCCGAUCUCCAACGCGCUUAUGGCGGCGCUGAAACGAGCGCAAGCUCAUCAACGCCGUGGAUGUCCGGAGCAGCAGCAGCAGCCGUUGUUGGCGGUUAAAGUGGAGCUGGAGCAGCUCAUUAUCUCAAUUUUGGAUGACCCGAGUGUGAGCCGGGUUAUGCGAGAGGCUAGCUUCUCCAGUCCCGCCGUCAAAGCCACAAUCGAACAGUCGUUGAGUAAUACUCCAUCUAAUCCGACGCCAAUUCCGAGCAUUUCCUCAUCUGGAUUGAAUUUCCGACCCGGCGGAGGUCCGAUGACCCGGAAUACGUAUCUUAACCCACGGUUGCAACAGAACGCGUCGGCGCAAUCAGGGAUUAAUAAGAACGACGACGUGGAGCGGGUCAUGGAUAUAUUGGGCCGGGCGAAGAAGAAAAACCCGGUCUUAGUCGGAGAUUCGGAGCCGGGUCGGGUAAUUCGUGAGAUCCUUAGGAAAGUUGAAGCCGGAGAAGUUGGGAAUAUAUCGGUGAAGAACGCGAAGGUGAUUCAUUUCGAGGAAAUCAAUUCGGAUAAGGCUCUGCGAAUCAGGGAAUUAGACGGAUUGCUUGAGACCCGGAUAAAGAACUCGGACCCUCCCGGCGACGGCGGCGGAGUAAUUCUCGAUCUGGGAGACCUGAAAUGGCUCGUGGAGCAACCGAGCUCAACGCAACCGCCUCCAACGCUCGCGGUGGAGGUAGGGAGGACGGCGGUGGCGGAACUACGAAGGCUUCUGGAGAAAUACGAAGGAAGACUCUGGUUUAUAGGAACCGCGACGUGCGAGACUUAUCUAAGAUGUCAAGUUUAUCAUCCAUCAAUGGAGACUGAUUGGGAUCUGCAAGCUGUGUCGGUGGCAGCGAAAGCUCCGGCCGCCGGCGUUUUUCCGAGGCUUGCCAACAAUUUGGGAUCGUCGGCUCAAUCAUUCACGCCGUUGAAGAGCUUCGUGCCUGCGAACAAGACAUUGAACUGUUGUCCGCAAUGUUCUCAAAGCUACGAGCGAGAGCUCUCCGAAAUUGAUUCAAUGUCUCCAGAGGUUAAACCAGAUGUAGCUCAGCCGAAACAGUUGCCACAGUGGCUAUUGAAAGCUAAACCGGCCGAUCGUCUACCGCAAGCAAAGAUUGAAGAAGUGCAGAAAAAAUGGAACGAUGCGUGUGUGCGUCUUCAUCCUAGCUUUCAUAGCAAGAACGAUGCGUGUAUCCCUAUGCCGAUGACGACAAGCUCCUACAGCCCCAAUAUGCUUCUUCGUCAGCCGUUGCAGCCCAAGUUUCAGCCCAAUAGACACUUGAAGCCUAUGAGCUCCUUGGUGGCGGAACAGCCGAAGAAGAAGAGCCCUCCCGGUAGCCCGGUUCAGACCGAUCUUGUUCUUGGACGAACAGAGGAUUUGGAGAAAACAGAGGAUGUGCAAGUGAGAGACUUUCUCGGCUGCAUAUCGUCUGAAUCAGUGGAGAAGAACAAUAAGAUCAGUGUUCUGCAGAAGGGGAAUCUUGAGAACUCUUUAGACAUUGAUUUGUUUAAGAAGCUGCUUAAGGGAAUGACGGAGAAAGUUUGGUGGCAGCACGAUGCAGCCUCUGCGGUGGCUGCGACCGUUAGUCAAUGCAAGCUCGGGAACGGGAAACGACGCGGUGUUUUGUCGAAGGGAGACGUGUGGUUACUGUUUUCAGGGCCGGAUAGAGUCGGGAAGAGAAAAAUGGUGUCGGCUCUGUCUUCCCUUGUGUACGGGACCAAUCCGAUUAUGAUUCAGCUCGGGUCGAGACAGGAUUCCGGAGACGGAAACCAUAACAUCCGUGGUAAAACCGUGUUGGAUAGGAUCGCGGAAACGGUCAAGAGGAGUCCCUUCUCUGUAAUCUUGCUUGAAGAUAUAGACGAAGCUGAUUUGUUGCUGCGUGGAAGCAUAAAACGGGCGAUGGACAGAGGCAGGAUCUGUGACUCGCAUGGCCGUGAGAUCAGUUUAGGCAACGUGAUCUUUGUCAUGACGGCGAGCUGGCAAUCCGCAGGGACGAAAACGUCUUUUGUAGACAGUGAGACGAAACUCCAGGACUUGGCGAGCGAGAGCUGGCGUUUGAGGCUGUGUAUGCGGGAGAAAUUCGGGAAACGGCGAGCUAGCUGGCUGUGUCGCGAUGAGGAGAGGCUGACGAAACCUAAGAAAGAACAUGGUUUAUUAUCUUUUGAUUUGAACCAAGCCGCUGAUACGGAUGAUGGGUCUCAUAAUACGAGCGAUCUAACGACAGAGAACGACCAAGAAGAGCAAGGUUUUAGUGGGAAGCUGUCGCUUCAGUGCGUUCCGUUUGCGUUCCACGAGCUGGUCAGCCGCGUAGACGAUGCGGUAGCGUUCCGUGCGGUUGAUUUCGGAGCUGUUAGACGGAAGAUCUCGGAUGCUUUGUCGGAGAGGUUCGCGAGGACGGUAGGCGAAUCGUUGUCGAUAGAAGUCGAGGACGAGGCGCUUCAGAGAAUCUUGAGCGGAGUUUGGUUAGGCCAGACUGAGUUAGAGGAAUGGAUUGAGAAGACAGUUGUUCCUGUUCUGAGCCAGCUUAAGGCUCGCGUGUCGUCUUCUGGUACUUCUGGUGACCGUACAGUUGCUCGGCUCGAGCUAGAUGAAGAUUCCGGUGAACGGAGCGCAGGUGAUUUACUGCCGACGAGUAUUACGUUGGCUGUUUGAAUGAGUAAAAACAGAGAUGGAGUUUUGUUGUUGCGGUGGACAGUGAGAGGGCAGGGAUGUAAAUAUGUCUCAACGGGUUUUGGCGGGUGAAAGGGAAACAGUUAGGGGUAAAAACAGUAAAAAAAAGGUGUUUAUAGUUUUUUUAUUUACUCCACAGUCUAGUUUUUGUGUUUAUGUACGGUACGGGAGAGGUGAUUUAUGUAGCGAUUAUAGAUAAUUAUUUGAUAGAUAAAUAAUGAAGAUUAAUAAAGUUGAAGUAUUCUUUUUACAAUAAAAACGUUGGAUAGAUACGUGAUACAUUUACAUUUUCUUUAGUCUCAG